GGGGUGGGGGUAGGUCCCUGGCCAGGGGAACCCAGGUGCCCUCUGCUCUGUUGCCCAACAAUGGGGCCAGCACUGCCCCAGGUGAUCCCCUCUUGGAUAGCCCUGCUCUCCCACUAAAGCCCAAUAAAAGCCAUGUAAUUCCCCUCCUGCUGACACCACCACGUCGUGGAUUACCUCUGGCUGAGCAAGAUUUAGCCGUCUGGGGCCGGGAGGAACCAUGGCCCUCAGGAACAAAGCGGAGUGCUGUGAAACAGGGCAGGAUCCCACCAUCAUGCCACCACAUCCCCCUGUUGGUCCCUCCAGCUCCCACUUCUGCCUGGAAUGGAGCUCCCGUGGCUGCAGGCUGGAGACGGAGAGCAAAAUGCUUGAGAAGUUUCAGAAGGCGCUCACGAUUCGCAGCAGCACCGUCAGGGAGCUGCUGGCAGAAGCACUGGGGAUGUUCAUCCUCAUGGUCUUUGGCUUGUCUUCUGUGGCGCAAGUGGUAUUAGGAAGAGGAGAAUUUGGGCAGCAUCUGAGUAUCAAUUUGGGAUUUGGCAUUGGUGUUACCCUGGGCAUCCAUGCGGCUGGAGGAAUCUCUGGAGCUCAUCUGAAUGCUGCCAUCACCUUCACACACUGCAUUUUAGGAAACCUCCCCUGGAGAAAGCUCCCAGCUUACCUCAUCGGCCAGUUCUUGGGCUCCUUUACAGCAGCAGCCACUGUCUUUGGCCUCUACUAUGAUGCUCUGUACGACUACACCAAGGGGAACUUUACAGUGACAGGACCCACUGCCACGGCGUCAAUCUUCUCCACUUACCCCGCUCCCUAUGUAUCCUUUCUGGGGGGCUUCCUCACAGAGUUUACGGCAACGAUAAUGUUGCUCCUGGGCAUUCUGAUUAUCCACGAUGAGAAAAACAAUGGAGCACUAAAAGGCACGCAGGCUCUGCUCACGGGUAUCCUGGUCCUGGGCAUCGGCCUGGGGAUGGGGAUGAACACAGGCUAUGCCAUGAACCCCUCUCGGGACCUGCCCCCCAGGGUCUUCACAGCAAUUGCUGGCUGGGGAAUGGACGUCUUCACGGCUGGACAUUACUGGUGGUGGGUCCCAGUCACAGCUCCGAUUCUGGGAAGUCUUGCUGGUGUUUUAAUCCACAAGCUCUUCAUUGAUUUUCACAACCAACCUGUCCUGGAAAGUGGAAAUGUGAAAGGACAGCCAGUGGUGGAGACUUCUACGCUGUGAUGGCCACAGGCUCUGAGGAAAGGGCCUGACAGCAAAGCCUAUGUGGAUGUACAGACUGACAAGCUAGGGGUAACCAUGUGCAAUGGUGCUGCCCAAGCGCAGCUUCAAUAGACAGACUAGUCUUCAAUAAACCUACUCUUCUUAACCAGACAAACCGGGCUUUUGAGACACUGGGCAGACCUGGCUAAGGCUAGACCUGUCUGUGACCCAAAGAAAUUGUUCAAUCUCUCUGUGUAAAAAGGUACCAAAAAAAAAAAAUAAUCAUCAAAUUCUGGAGAAGAGCAGAGCUGCAAGACUCCAGAUAAUGGUAUGUUCAUAGAAAUCAAAAUACAGGAUCCAACAGUGGCAGAAACAAUUAAAGAAAUUUUGAUCUGGAAUAUUCUUUGGUAAGAGAUAGAUACUACGCUGAUGGAUCAGAGGCCUGGGUUUGCUUUCAUUUGCUAAUCUGCCACCCUAACAAACACAUAGUUUGGCAGAGUUCAGAGAAGAGAAGAGCAAGGACAGUCUGAAAUAGAAGCCAGAACCUAAUUUUUUUUUUCCCAUGCUUGUUUUUUGCUUUUUGAUCUGAACAUUCAGAAAGCACCAAAAAAUUAGUACACCAUGCUACAGGGUCUCCUGAACUCUGGUACAGCUCUGCUGGAACACGUUGGCGUCAUGGAACCAUGUGUGUUACUGACAGGAUUAGAUAUUAACUACCAUAUGAAAGGAUUCAGACAACUUCUGUGACAGCAUCCCCAAAUGCUCAAACAAAAACCCCAAUAUUUUUCCCAUUCUGAAUGCACGAGAACGUGGGAAGAGGCUGCCCUGCUCCUGCAGGAAUUCUGCCACAUCCAUCUGAAUGAGGAUAGUGGGCCUGCAACAGCCUUACAAGUGUGAGGUACCAUCGGAUUAAGAGUAAACAGUAUCAGAAGCUGUCUGUUCCCAGGGGGGUGACAACAGUCUUACCUUUUCUAGAAAGUGCUUAAGCAAGUACGGUACGUAUGUCAAGACUGCAGUCCCAGGGCUGGGCAACAUGAACACACAACAGAGGGUCUCCGAGAACAAGAAGUGACUGAACAUCACUACUGCACAGAUUUCCAGAAAGUGGUUUACUGGCUUUAAUGAUCAUUCAUAUCCCACUAUUAAAAGGAUUUCUAAUGUAUUACUGUGGCAUGGGGUGGGGUGGUAGGUACUGACAUCUCUGCUUCCUCAUUAGAGCUGACCUUGCAUUAGUAGACCAGCUACAGUGGAUCUUCACCCAGCACAAGACGCACAUCAGCUUAAGAGGGCUGAGGAGCAUUAAAGGAUUUACUCUCGUUUGGGGGUGGCAGAGGGCAGCUGCCAGGCAAUGCAGUGACCGCACUUGAGAGUGGGCGCCGGGCAGUGCUGGGAGCCAGUACAGCAUGCCAGGGCCAGGGCUGAUGGCUGCAGAGUUUCUGAAGAGUGAGUGCAGGACAGAAGUGGAAGAGCUGUCACACGGCUGAGUCUUUUGGUCUACGUGAACUAAAGCGGUAACCUCAGAGUUGUACAAGAUGGGACUAGCUAAAAGACACUGUAACCCGUCCCUUCACAGUGAGAGAUUUUCCACUGCAUUAAAAU